AUGCAUUUAAUUGUCCCGACUUUUUUUGUAAUCUUAAUUCCAAGAAAAAUAUUGUACAUAAAUUUUUUAUAAGGAUAGUUAUGAAAGGUAAUUAAAUUAGGAAUGGAAUUAAUUUGAAUUAAAAAUUAUAACAGAAGAUUUUUUACAUGUGAUCAGAGUUCAGAUUUUUCACGCGUCCGGCUUUAUUUUUCAGUGCAAUAGUGAUUUGUGCUUUUAGGGUUUAUGGGCAAUACGUGAAUUGGUAAUUUAUAUAUCGCAAUUGACGAAGAUAAGUUAUUGCAUACGUUUAGUUAGAACUAAAUUUGAUUAGACUAAUUGUAUGAGAAAAUUGAAUCGAAUAGAUAAAUUGUUCAUCCGAGUAGAGCUCAAACGAGAUAAUAUGCAUUUCUGCGGUAUAAAAUUCUAAUUAAUUUUUUAAAUUACCUUAAUACCCAAAUUCCUUUUAAAAGCAAGAAAUUUUAGUAUUGAUCAAAUUUGAAUCAAAAUAAAUUAACGUCAAUUUUUUAAAAAAGUUAAUAAAAUAAUAAACAAACAUUAUUCACAAAAUUGCAAUAUUUCGAUGCCGAUUUAUAUAUUUUAUCAAAAUUUGUAACCCUUGAACUCAAUAACAGGUUCUGGUGUAUCUGAUAUCUAAUUGCACUUUUAGCAUUAUUUAUAACUUUUAAGUUUUAUAAAUAGUUUUAAGAUAAGGUAGAGCUUUUUUAUUUUACUAAAAAAAUACUGAAACUAUUGUGCCAUUUUGAUUCCAAUAUAAGUAAUUUUAGGGAUAUAAUAAUAGUUAUAGAAUUUAUGCAGAUCACGUACUCAAUCAUCCCAAGAAAUUUUUCCAAUUGAUUUGUACAUUAUAAUUUUCCGUACCUAAAGUUUUUGGAAAUUCAAAAACGAAAUAAAAUUUCGAGUUUUAAUAAAUAAAAUUCUUUGUGCACGAUGUAUACUUUGACCGUGUAAAAAUUUUUAAAAUUAUGUGAUACACUUAAGCAUAAUUGUGUUUGUGAUGAAAUUCGAAAUUAUUUCCAAAAUUCGGAACUUAUAAAUAAAUAAAAUUAAAAGUACAUAAAUCUAAUCAAAUUUUAGUGCCGGAUUUAAAUUUUCACAAAAACAUAAUCAGAACUAACUAAUUAAUCAAUAAAUGUGCUCCAGUUAAAAUUAACUAAAAAUACUAAAAACGAGAUGGGAAUCUUAUCCGCAUUUCGCUUCGCGUUUCAAAACGUGUUUUUCACCCCUGUUUUGUACGGCGUGAUAGCGUCCCUCGCAAUUUUUUCGGCCAGCUGGGAAAAGGGGGACCGUGUCAAGGAUCAGUUGACCGACCCCUUCCGCAGUCAGCAGGAUACCUUCGACUUCAUAAUUGUUGGAGGUGGAAGUGCGGGUGCUGUUUUGGCGAAUAGGUUAUCCAAGUACCACACGGUCCUCUUGUUGGAGGCGGGGGGUGAGUCACACCCCUUUCAAGCCAUUCCCGCCCUCGCCCUCUUCAUCCCCAAUUAUCCCGCGACGGACUGGUCCCACAAGUCCGUCCCACAGACCACUUCCUGUCUAGCCUGUGUGGAUAAGCGCUACACGUUUUCCCAGGGGAAGAACUUGGGUGGGAGUGGCAAUCUCAAUUACAUGGUCCAUCUGAGAGGAAGUCCAAAAGAUUUCGAUAACUGGGCCAGAAUUACUGGAGACCCGACCUGGUCCUACGAUCAAGUCCUCCCCCACUUCACAGCUUCCGAACAUUUCGUCGGCAGUACGACGGAUGGUGGCGCGCAUGGCGUCGGGGGUCCACUUCAGAUCGAGAUGCCGAGUGAAAUUGGUUUAGCAAAUGAGUGGAAUUGGGCCGGCCAGGAAAUGGGAUAUCCACAUUUAGACCUCAACGGAAAAUAUGAAGAAGGAUUUGACGCAGUCUACUACCCAACAAAACGUGGCGUCCGGAUCGCCACUUAUCGAGCCUUUAUCCAACCAGUACGAUACCGGAGUUCUCUCCUUAUCCGAAAAUUUGCCCAUGUUAACAAGGUAUUAAUCCGAGAAGAGACGAAUUUCGCUUAUGGCGUCGAAUAUGACCGACACGGCCAAACUAGGCGAGCCUUCGCCAAUAAAGAAGUCAUCCUUUCCGCCGGAACUUUACAAACUCCGAAACUUUUGAUGCUGUCAGGAAUCGGACCCAGAUCAAUUUUAGAGUCGUGUAACAUUCCCGUCAGAUCCGACCUGCCCGUCGGCCAAGGCCUUCAAGACCACAUUUCCACCUUGAUUGGUCCUUUUUUAAUAAAUUCUCCAAAAACUUUUUCCUACGAUGAUGACGUUAGUGCCAAAUCGUUUCUUCAAUUUGUCCAGCAAGGGACGGGACCCUUGACUACGACGGGAUUCCAGGCCACUGCCCUGAUCGCGUCCAAUCUCGCCAAGGUCAGAGGUCAACAGGGCUGGCCGGACAUUCAGCUAACCCUUCUUGGCCUUGCCCCACAUCGUUUAUUUCACUCCGAUCUCGCCCAUGCGUUUGGACUUCGGGAGGACAUCCUGCAACGUUUCUUUCUCCACGCGCGUGGAAAAUCUGCCUUUUUUAUCAUCGUUACCGUUGCGCGGCCAGAAUCUCGCGGCGAGGUCAGCCUCCAAUCCGCCUCGCCGUACAAACCCCUAAUCAUAAAACCUGCCUAUUUUUCCGACCCGGUUGGAAAAGAUGUCGCCGUGAUGAUUGAAGGAAUCCACCGCGCUCUUCACCUCGCUGAAAACACGACCGUUUUCCAAAACUGUGGCGUCAGACUAGCCGAAAAGUGCUUUCCUGGCUGUGAGGGGCACAUUUACAGGAGUGACGCCUACUGGGAGUGUUACCUUCGCCACUUAUCCAUUUCCAUGAACGACCACACCGGCACGGCACAAAUGGGUUACAGAUCAUCCCCAUACGGCGUUGUCGACCCUUCCUUAAAGGUCAUGGGGGUCAACUCCCUCCGCGUCGUGGACGCCUCCGUUAUGCCCACCAUUGUUGGCGCGAAUACUCAAGCGGCCACCAUAAUGAUUGCUGAGAAGGCGUCCGCACUAAUUUUAAAAGAAUGGGGUGACACUACCCUCGGGGUAAAUUAUGACGUCAGUGGGGGGUCAGCUGUCUAUGGGCCACCCCCACUUCCCAGCAGCUAUGGGCCACCCCCACUUCCAACUUACGGUCCACCCCAACCAUCACCUUUAGCCUCUACAACACCAAACAAGGUCACCGAUGCAAUCAUUAUAGACGAUAGUUUGGCCCACUUGACCCCACCGGGUUUGCCGGAUGGGUCGCCAACCUUCAAUUAUGCCGUGACCUCUCCAUCUCCCACGAAUUACGACAGUUUCGACCUCCUCCGAACUAAAGGAUUGGAAUCCUUGCAGUCAAUUAAUCUCCAAGGUCAAGAUCAAGGUCAGCUAGUACUUUCAUCCCCUACACCGACUUAUUCUGACGACAAUAUCAUCGAACUCCCCGCCACCCAUGUCGACGAAGACGACGUAUUUACAACGCCUCGCCUUUAUAAUGAAGUAUACGAUCCCACGACGCCAUAUCCAUCGCCAUCUUCAUCCCCCCGUGGCGGAAAAGCGCUCGACUUUCCGGCGCCCCCGGAAAAUUUCUUGUCGCCACCUGACCCAGAAGUGUCCCAAACGACCCAGGAGUCGAUUCUCACCUCCCCGAAAAACAGCUCCUCCUCGAUAAUCCUUCGGAAGAGGAAGAAGCUCUACCCGCCCAACGUAACGGUCAAUCCACGCGGGCAUCUCGGUUUUCAAGAUGAGGAGGAGCGUCUCCUCGGCACGAAGAGUACCCCGUCGCCGGCAAACUGGUCGUCCACGAGUGUGGCCCCGCUGCCCACGAAUGUCGUCGUAAUUAAGGCAAGAAGGGUUCGAGUGAGAAGGAAGCGGCUGCAAAACGUCACUACGACCACGCCGAUGCCUGAAAUUGAAACGAAAUCCGUCAUCUCAGCGGUGCUCGGACGUCUCAGGAAUUUUAUUCCGCCGCCCGUGACAGAAAAUCAAAUUGGUGACGAACCGGAAGUAAAUAACCAAUUUAGCAGCAGGAGUGGCGAAGAUGUGACCCCGAUGGGGCAGGAUAUGGUCACCCUUGAGGACAUCUCGGACAACAUGACCGCGAAAAGUGGGAACAAUAACCAAUUCAUGAUGGUUAUGGACAUGGACCCCGUUCCAAAUAUUCUGUCCACCGCGGUCACUACCCCGAUGCCCGCGGUGACCUCGACGCUCCCCGACAGAACUACUAUCAAUUACUCUAGGAAAAUUGUCCCUUCUAAGAAUUUAAGCUAUUCUGCGGAACGAAUGAAAAGAAGAAUGGCGAAGUUUGUGAGGAGUAAGAUAACCACGACGAAGGCAACUCCUUCCUCUUCUACUACUUAUCUUACGAAUAGUUAUGAUAACGUCGAUGUGACGAGGAGCUGAUAAGUAUUAUUACAUAAUAAGACUUAAUUUAUAAUCUUCAAGUUAAAUAAAUGUUGCCAAUUUCUCAAUAAAUAAAAUUUUAACUCGUAA